CAUCAAUCGCAUCUCCAUACCAUCUUCCCCUUGUCGCUCGCUUGCCUUGCGUUCUUCUCUAGUUGGUGUCAUAUAUCCAUUGAGCGGGCCUGUUGCUAGUAUCUACAGUUUGCCGUUACAGUCCUGAGCGCAUCUGCAUGUAAUCAUACCGAAGGAAAAUCAGCACUUGGAUUCGCGCUUCAUUACCAAAUUUCCUGACGACCUUUGGCAUUUCAUGCAACCGUCGCAAACAUGGAAAGCUCAGCAAUCACUUAUGCAACCUCGAAAGACUGGCUCGAUAUCAUGAAAAAUCGGUCCAAAGUGCGCAUGCAUGAGCUUAUUGAGCGCCUUGGAUUACGCGCAAAGUGGUCUUCCAAUAAGCGCGGCAAAACCAAUUUCGAAUCGGCCCUGGUGCGCGAACUCGUGGCAGAUAUGGGAGACGUUGUGUCUACGCUACCAAAGGAGCCCGAUGAGUUGAUGAAGUUCCUCAGCGACGAGGGAAGUUUAAAAGAGGAGGUCGAUGGUUUACUUGAAAAGCAUGGGAUGAAGGUUUGGGGGAGAGUGGGAGAGCGCGAUCAUCUGCUCACUGCUAACGAACCUGGCGUGGAAGAAGGGCUUUAUUCCAGGGACCUCUAUUUUGAGAAUGAAGAGGAUAGGCAAUUAAUUCACAAGCUUCUCCACUGGUGGAUUGGAUUGAAAGCGUGCAAUGUCAUCCUUGCACGAGAGCGGCUCGAUCGGGAAAGGAGGAAAAAGGCAGAGAACCGACAAGCGCGAGCUGAGGCUGAGUUCUCUGGUCAGCAAGACGGCGGAACACCAGCAUCUUUUGUUGCGCUGGCACCCAACUCAGUCCUGCACGAUGGUGAUACAGUAUCACGUGGCAGUCCGAUUUCCUCUAGUGCAAUGCUCACACCCCCAGAAUCGGGUGAAAGUCCUAUUAUGGGACCCCGCGAAGCAGGUAAGUUUGCGUCCGUCAACCGUCGUGGGUGUGUACCUAACGGCUAUACCACUUUUGCAGCCACGAACGCAUAUCAGGCGCAAACCUUGCAACAGCGACAAAACAUUGUUGAAGGCGUCUGGAACCGACUAUCUGUAGACGGUAACAAAUCGAGAGAUCUUAGUACUACGUCUGCAGGCCCUGCUCACAGCCAUGGUACGCACCCCGCAGAAAGCAAAGGGGCCGUGGACCAGCAGGUCGCAAACGCAAACCAAGCAGCGGUCGACCGGCAAAUCAGCGUUGAAGUUGCGAAGCUGGUAGCAACCUUCCGCUCGGACGAUGCAGGAUCAGAGGAGAUACCCCAGCCAAACAACAGCAUACCCUACCGCGGGUUAGAUUACGACGGGUUGCGGGCGCUACGACAAUAUGUCUAUGGGGAAGAGCAUGGAGUUGCAGUAGACGAGGAAGCAUUACUCAAUUCGCUGGAAAAGACAUGGCGAGAGCGGGUUCGCGCUGACUAUCAGAAAAUGGUUGAGAACAUUCCCGUAUUCAUUGCGAGAGAAAGGGCAUUUUUGACAUGGGUGGAACUCAAGCGCCAUUUGGCAGCUCUGCAACGUGCAAAUGAACGGUGGUCAGCAGAAGGCCAUACCACGGCGGAAAUCCAACGACGCAUCCAACAACACCGCACUCUGAUGGGCUGUACACAAACGAUUAUUGCAAACUUUGAAGAUGUAGGUCAAGGCUUUGGACUCGGUCCUAAUGUUGCAGUGGAUCGUGACGAGCUACUGCGACAAGCCCUGGUCGUGCUAGCUGGAGAGAAGUAUGCGGUAGAGAUGCAGUGGAAGCCUAUAGAGUUUACAGCGACAAUGGCUUGGCUGCACGAACACCUGGAGAAUUUCCGGCGGGAAGAAGAGGAAGACGGCAAGGGUAUGCUGUGGCAUGCCGGAUAAUAGGCGUCGGAGGUUGUCACAUUGCGUCUCUUUCUGUCACGCAUAUAAUAUAGUACAGUGGGCUUGAAGUAUAGUGGUAAACUCUGUACGCGGUGUGGAUCUUACAGGCGUUCAGCAGCAGGCAAGGGAUCGAUCGAUCGGGCAGACUUAAAAGGCGCACUAGGCGACCCAAUUCGGGAAAAUUGUCUAUUGGGGUAGGUCAGCCGCAGGGGUUGGUUUCAGCUAUUUCAUCUUGUUACAGGAUCGUGUAGGAUUAGACUAGGCCAGGUGUGCCACUUGCACGCACACAUGCACACACAGACAUGUAGUAGACAUGCAGCCCAUACCGCCCGUAGAUUACGUUUGCCCGUCAGCCUACAUAAGUGCAACGUGCAGCCGGCGGUCACACGACGAGUAGGC